UUUCCUAAUUUACCUGAUGGAGUCCAAAAAUCAACAGGAUUCUGCGCAUUCAGAAAAUCAACAAAGGGACCAGAUGUGGCGUAUAGAGUGUCGAAGAGUGCGCAGCUUAGUGCCCCCACCAAGCAGCUCUUCCCAGAUAACCCCUUCCCACAAGAUUUCUCCAUUCUGACAACUGUGAAACCCAAAAAGGGAGGCCAAUCAUUCCUUAUGUCCAUUUACAAUGAGCAUGGCAUCCAGCAGGUUGGCAUGGAGAUUGGCAGAUCACCCGUCUUUCUAUAUGAGGAUCAUUUGGGAAAUCCUGUCCCUGAGGAUUAC